AUGUCAGACGGCAGCCGAAGCGAGAACAACGACGACGAUCACUUAAGCGUGCGAGUACGUCGGAAGCAGCCAUUGCACCGCAGGGCUUUGACAGCGGACAACGCUCAACUACAGGUUCGUUCAACUCUUCAUAUCACGCUGUUCUGGUUGGGUAACGACUCGACUGAGCCAAGGAAGUGGGAGACAGACCUCGUUGAACGAUGUUCUGAUCAGAAAAGCUCGCGUUCAAAUUGUUCGCAGCAGCAUCAGCCUCACACCCUUUGA